GCCCCCAGCACAGACGAGAACGGCUUGUUGCAACAAACCAUCGGCCAAUUGGGAAGAAGAAGCCGCGCGCAGGAAUCGUAGCAGCCAAGCCAAACGUGAGCAUGGGCUCCCUGGGUCCUAGCGUCGUGACCCUGCAGCAGCAUCCCAAGGCCGGCAAGCCUCCGGCGGCGGCGGGUGGCGGCCACCAUGAGCAGCAGAGCAGCAACUGCGGCGGCGGGUCGUCGUCGUCGUCGUUCCGGAUGCCGCUGCACUACCCGCGGUACAAGAAGGCGGACUACGAGGCGAUGCCGGAGUGGCGCGUCGACUGCCUCCUCCGCGAGUACGGCCUCCCCGUCGCCGGCGACCUCCGCGAGAAGCGGGAGUUCGCCAUGGGCGCCUUCCUCUGGCCCGAUCAGUACUGAUCGAUCAACUGCAUGCAGAUUGAAGGACCAUAUGCAUAUAUGGAGUGGAGAUUAAUUCUCCCCGCCAGAUUCUUCCACAUUCACCUAUCUAGACAUGCAUACGAGUGUGGUGUGGGUAUGCAUGAGCUCCUUCUCCAUCGUUCCGUGAAACUACUGUACACUAUCAGUGAUGAUUCUUCAUCUCGCGUUGCAUCGUCGUGGAAUCUAUCAGUGAUUAUUCAUCAGCAUCUGUACACCAUCUCAUGAUGUGCCGCUACCAUGUGGGUAGUGUAUACUACUUACUACUUGGAGUAUUAUUAGUGCAAGUUAAUUAGCUAUUUUAUCAAUGAUGGAAUAAACAUGAAUGAUCUAGCUUCCACUUCUGGGAUGCA